AUGAGUCAAGAUCACAUAUCGGAUUCCGAGAAUGACGAGAAUCAGGACACAUUAAUCAUUGACAAGAAAUUGUUGUCAAAUCAAUUACUACAACUAACGCCAACCAAAAGAGAGGUGACGCGGAAACGACUACAAGAGUUGACUAAUAUAUCAUUCGAAGUUAUUGAUGAGACUAAACAAUCUACAAAUGAAGACCUACCCGUUAUUAACGAUCUACUGCCAAGUAAUAAUGACAUUAAUGAGGAUAGCGACGAGUCAGAUAUGGAUACAUUAGAUUUGAUUCGAAGACUACCGCCAAAAGUAACUUCUAAUAUAUCAAGAACUACGUCAAUCUCACAUGAUAGGGAACCUGAAAUUCCAGGUACUACAACAAAUACCACAACUCACGACGAUCAAGAAAAUGAACAUCAUCUACAGUCCUAUUUGAAUACAACAAACUCAUAUAUCACGAUGUCAGGACGAAGUUUGAGAAAGAGAAAUUUUGCAAGUACCCAUCCAUACCUUGCUGACCAAGCGCAUUAUUUGGGUCUAUCAGAUAUCAAUUAUUUAAAUGAAAUCUAUGAAGAAAAUCAUCAAAAUUUGGAGGAUGUCGUCAGAUAUUUGAAUUAUAAUUACAUAAAACUUAAAGGAAGAUACCCAAAGGAUGAGAAGUAUAAGAGUAAAAGUUUCUACACAAUAAUCAGUCGACAAUCUCACAUUGCGCAAGAGAAUGAACGUCAAGAAGAAAAAGAAUCACAGAGUAAAGUUGACAACGAUGAGCAUCCAGAGAAUAGUGACCUAGAUAACGAGGAUAAUGACGAUGAAGAAAACAACGAAUUUACAUUACAUGGCUACAAUUCUCAAGAUUAUGAAACUGAUGAAUCAAGUAACGAGCCGGAUGAUCUGUUGGAAAAAUUUAGACGACACCAUCCUAUGAUUAUUGAUGAUGAUGACAUCGAUCAAUCGGACUCGGACUCUGAUAAGUCAGAAGCAUAUGUUCAAGUUGGUGGGAAAUUUAGAAAAGAAAAGAAUGCAUUAAGAGGUGUGCUACCAGAAUCUGCUAAGAGAUUGUCAAUUUAUACGUCUGCCAAAAAACUAACACGCAAACAAAGGCAAUUUGACAAUCUAGUGAAGCCUAGGAAGGGUAUGGCCGUUAGGAAGACGGUAAGAAGACGGGCUAGAGAACGUGAUGACUUUAGUGGAUUUGUUGAUGAUAACAUUACUUAUGAUACUAACAACGAGCUUUAUCACGAAUUAUAUGAUCAACCAGUUGAAAUUGAACCAUCUGUUGCACAAAAUUUUCAUUCUUUUGAUAACAGUGAUCCGUUUUCUGAUGCUUCUUCAUCAUCAGAGGUUGAUGAGCUGGAUCACGACAGUGAUCUAGAUAUAUUUGGUGUUAAUGGGACCGUGGCUGUUGAACCUGAUGAAGAGCUAUAUGCUGGUGAUGUUGCAUCUAACCUGGAUAUGAUACCGCCAGUUUAUGAAGUUUUGGACUCUUCAGAUGUCGACAAGAAACAAAGUGAAUCAUCAGAUGUAUUUGAUUUUGAGGUUCCAGAAGGUGACUAUAUCAAUCAUAUGCUAUCAACGGGUUCAAGGGGUAAUCUGAAGGGUAAAAAGCGUCAGCUGAAUGGUACAGAACCUAGAAUUUCCAAUUCAAAAUAUUAUAAAGCGAAUGCAAGAAGGAACCCAAGAUUAUCGAAAAGUUUAAAAAGUUUAAGUUCAGGUGCACGAGAAAGCUCAUUUGGUGGCUUGCAUUAUAGGAGCAGAAAGCCCAAGAAGAAUGACAUCACAAACUAUUCAGGUAUUUGGUCUUCUGGUAAGAAAUCUAAGACAUCAAGAAAAUCGCUGGAUGACUCUUAUAGUAGGUUGCGAGUUAAAAAAAUUUCAAUGCCUAGAGAUCUCCAUGAAACGAGGAAAUCUAAAUCUUCUAUCAAGACCAGAGUCAAGAAGCAUAAUAUAACUAUGCAUAAAGAUGCCAGAAACCAAAUGACUAGACGUACUAGAGAUUUGUUUGCUAAUGAUUAUUUAUUCCUGAGAACUCCUGUUCUAUCCACUACGAUAUUUGAAGCUGAAAGUAAGACGAGAUUUGUUAACAAUAUGAAUAGAACUAUUAAUCCUUCGGCUCCACAAAUUGCUCCCGAGCUUCUUUUCGGAUCGCAGCCAAUUUUCGACCAUGGUUGCUUGUUAAAUGAGAUUAACCUCAAAAAAAUCACUGAUUUAGCAAGUGGGAAAUUUUAUCAGAUGAAUAAAGAUUCCGUUACCAUUAAUGAUUUAGGUGAGCCGGUUGUUCUUACAUUGGUAGAUAUCGACGGGUCAACUUUGAGGUAUGAAAAAUCAUUGAACAAUUUAGCAAAAAUUUUCAAAAAUGGUCAAAUGGCUAUUGAAAGUAUAAUGAUGUUGUUCUAUACUACUAUGAAAGACUUUUUGAUAUGGAAUUUAAUACUUCAAAGAACACCAAAUCCUAGACAGUGGAAGUUAACUCAAUUGUUGGUAUUGAAUAUUUUGAAUUGCAAUACAUUGACAUCAAGCAUGAUAAAAACCAUGAUCCCUUAUUGUUUACUCUUGCAAUACACAAUGGCAAUGAUUUCUCAGCUCAAUGAUUUCAAUGCAAAUUUUGAUUUGACACAAGUUAGUGUGAGAUAUUGGCAUUUAUUUUUUGACACUUUCUCACUCGACACAUUUGAAUCAUACAACAUUGAUACUGGGGCAAAACUGAAAGAGGCAGAAUCUUUCUUCAUCAUGUGUGCGUUAUUAGACAAUGAAAAGAAAUGGUGGUCUACAAUUUCUUCAGCCAUAGAACUGUAUGAUCCAAUGGAUAUUAACGUUCUAUUAGAAGCAGUGUUUUGCAUAAGUUCUAUUCCUCAGAAUCAUCUUUCUUGGAACCCACUACAGUUAGUGUACCUGAAAGCAGACUAUUCGACAUAUCCAGAAUUUUAUUACAGAUAUCUCGAGAUUGUUUAUUUAAUGAAUCAGAGAAAUAAUUGGCCCAUUGAUGAAAAGAUUGUGUUGCAAAUUUAUGCCUCGAUCACUGUGAGAAAGUUUGCUAAUUUUCCUGACGAAAUUGGAUUUCCUGAAUUAAUGAGUAAAGUUUCAACAAGACUGGAUAUACCAGGUGAUACUUUUUUCGAACAAUUCAUGCAACUAUUAUAUUGGUAUAUUUCAGGAUUAUCAGAUCCAUCAAAAGUUAAAAGAUUGGUUACCAAACUAUUUUCAAAUAACAGUUUUCUGUACACCGAUGAUCACGAACACCGUAUCAUGUUUACCAAUAGAUUAAAUUUUAUCAUCUUGUUGGCUCUGGUUUCGAGUGUUGAUUUGAAAACCCAAUUGACGAACUUGCUAGCAUCCACUCAACUGGUAAAUGAUAUGAAAUUCUUAAAAUUGGCUGCAAAUGGAGUAUUGACAUUAACAGAAAUAUCCAUGUCUAGGAAACUAAAAUUACCAAUUGAAGGAAUAUCUCUGGUAGUCCAAUGUUGUAUUUGUAAUUAUUUUACAGGUAUAGGUGUUUUGAAAUUUUGGAACAAAUUUGUAAACUCCAUAAGAGAUUUAUUGAGUGAGUCGUUGGAUUACGUACCGCAUAUGGUUCAGUUUUUGGCAUUAUCGAAAGUUAUAGAUGGCAAGAAUAUUCCUGAUAGGAUUAACACUGAUAUUUUCCAGCUCUACUCCAUUAUUGCAGCAUCUUUGGUUAAACAAAAACACUUGGUGAUGCCUAAAUAUAGAAAGUCGAUAGAACAGUUAGAGGAGUGCGUUUCUUUCCUUCUUCAGAAACAAAUGGGUCGAAUUCCGUUACCAAGUGUCAAUGAAGAAAGCAAGGUGGUUGAUUUGGUUGAAAUUUUGAUUUCUAUCUGGGUUCUGUGUGUUUAUUUGUUAAACGGGAAUUGGGAACAACUAGUUUUGCAGACAUUUCCGUACACGGGAAACCAUCAGCUGCGUGAAAAGUUCGUUCUAUAUUUCUAUGCGAAUAUCUUGAAAUUCUAUGAUUUGAAAACUUGUCAAGAUAUUGUAACUACAUCAGUUUUGAAAGACUUGGUAAGGUUCAGUCCCUCUUGUUAUUUAAGUGAGUUGAUGAGAAAAUUAACCAAAGAUAAAUGGGAUCUCUUUGUUUUUCCAAAUAAUGAUAAUAUCACUUCUACGACAAUUGAAAAUUCGAGACACACUGUUAUCACGUCCAUAAUUAGGAAUAUAACGCAUUCACGUAAGUGCAGUAAAGUGGAACAGCGAUUAUUCAUUCAGGAAAUACUCACGACCUUGAAUUCCGAAUUUGAAAAGUAUUACUCGUCUACAAAAUAUAAAGUAUUCUGUUCCAGUGUUGUCAAAGAAAUCCAAAAACAGUGCGACCCGGAUAUUGUGGAUGAAUCCACGGUACAUAACUUGGCUUCAAGAGUUGGUAUACUGGAAAAUGAAUGGACUCAAUUUAAAAUAAAAAAAUUACCUUUGAAGCAGAAAUUACAAACAUUUGCUACUGAAUUUCAUAAUGCGCUAUAUUUUGGAGGUGAUUAUGUGUCUGUUCUUGAAAAAUUCACGUUUGGAGACGGGGUUGAAUUGAUUUACCAUUUGGUUUCCAUUUAUGCACAAGAUAUACUGAUUGGGAAUUCUACAAAGUGGAGAAUAAUACAUGUGUUCUUGGAUUUUUUGGAUAGUAAUAUUAGAUGUUUCAAGUUUCAUAUAUUAAACGUUAAUUUUAAAAGAUUCUUGAGAUUGCUUAUGGAGCUACCAACCAUCAUGUGUCCUAUUUCCAUAUCUGACAAAUUUUUCAGAAUUUCCGCCAUGAGAUCAAUAUGUUCAAUUUUAAAUUUUUGUAAAACAUUAUUCAACGGGUAUAGUGACAGAAAUGAAAUCCAAGAUAUGUGGACUUCAUUCAAAGGAACUUCUCGACAGGAACAGUAUGAAUCGCAAAAUUUGGCAUGUUCUUAUUCUUCAUUUAAGUUAUUGGAUAUAAUCGAUGGUGGAUUUUCAAAUGAACCAUCGUUUGAAGACAUCACCCAGGACAAUUUGGACAUAGCCAAAAGAAUGUUGAUUUCGGAGACCUUCCUUCUUAAAACCAAUAUGAUUGAUUCUGAGAAUAGAACACUUGACUUUGAUUUUGUAUUUUAG